CUGAGCUCGGAUCCCAGCGCCGCGCCCCGCCGCGCAGCAUAUCACAGCCAGGUGGAUACAGUCAGCUUGCUUGGAUCCCAUUUGGCGGGAUCAGAUGGCUUUCAGCACCAACAACAGCAGCGAUGAAAAAGGCGGCAGCGGCGGUGACGACAACGGCAACGGCACAUCACCCUCACUGCGGCCCCAGCAGCAACAGCAGCAGCAGCAGCAGCAGGACAAGGAACAGCAGCCAACAGUGCCGACAAAAGGUGCAUCAGCGCAUGGGGCCGAAUUCUCAAGUGAGAAGCCCCUUGCUCAGCAGCAGGCGGGCGCAUCUCAACAAACAGGCGGUGUCGGUGUUGGCCCAGACACCACCAGCAACACGACCAGCAGUGGUGGCAACGCAACAAUGGGCGGCAGCAUUUCUGCACCCAAGGGGCCAGGCUGGCAGGCGCUAAAGGGCGACGAGGAUGAGGCCGUUGUCGGCGGUGGUGGCGUUGUUGCGGAGCAGCGUGUUGCUGCUGCCGCUUCCGCUGGCCCCGACGAGGACGACGAGGAUGACGACACCACCAGUAACAAGAAAAAAGGGCGCGGCUCGUCUGACGCGGUUGCGGUUCAACAUGAGAGGGGAACAUCCCACCACCUGAUGAUGCCGUACACAGACGCCGUGUCACCCGCGUCCGCUGGCGGUGCACCUGCUAGACCCGCGUCUCUGGACGUGGGUAGUGCCACUCCCGAGGUGUUCAAGGUAUACAAGCGUCGGUGGUUUGGCUUGGUGCAGCUAACGUUGCUGAAUAUCAUUGCCAGUUGGGAUAUAACAACGGCGGGCUUGACGUUGAAGCACGCCAGCCGUUACGUGGCAGCGGACCGUCUUGCAUCUCCGCGCCGUUUAUAGUUAGACUUGCAUCGGGGCAACGGCCAACCAAAAUUUCACUGAGAGCGUAUUAUGCGGUUCCGAGAAAGAUGGGGUUUCUGAAAACGUCUGGAUAUGUCUUCGGGCGUUGAGCUGUGGGGAAGAGGAA